UUACCAGUAGCACAUCAGUGGCAUUCAGAUACCCGUGCAUGAGAUAAGGCGAAAAUGUUGGGAAAUGCAUAUGUGGCUUUAUUCCAAACUUUCAUUCGUUCAGUUAGGAGUCAAUGCAAACGCUACACAAGUUCUCAUCGAAUCGCGCCGCCGUGGGAUAGCGCAGGUGUUCGGGAAGGGAAAGGACCUGGUGGCUACAAAAGCUGUCCUCGGCGCUGCCGGUGCGCGAGUGUCAAAGGGUGCACAUUCAACGCAGAACUAAGUAUGAAUGCCAAAGUGGCACUCGUCGUGCUCCUGGUUUCACUGGCACGCUUCUCAAAUGGGCAAGUGACCACCGAUAACAGCCCAACGGAAGCUUCAGUGGCAAAGAAGACCACCAGCGACGUAGCGUCCAGCCUGCUCACACGUCUCGUGAGCGACGUAAUGUUGAAUGCAAGUGAAGCGUUGCGUGGCAGCGUCAGUGUUCACGACCAGGUGGACGCUGUGAUCAAGGACGCGGCGCUGAGGCUCAAUGAAAUGGGUUACCUGCUGGUCAAGAUGGGAGCAGCUCUCAAAGUCGCAGGUCGCCGCCUCAAGGACGACGACGACACACUGAGCAUCGUUUUGGGACCGGCCAAGUUCCGCAAACAGAAGGCGUCUCUAUGGGCUCUUGACAUCGCGAAGCUUGGCAACUGCACCACCGAGGUUCGGCUUACCCUAAUCACAGCGAAGAUUAUCAACGCGUACGCGGCAAGAAGCAGACCGUCUUCCAUAUACAAAGGCGCCGACCAGAUUGGGGAUAUCGUUGGCUCGGCUGGUGACUCACUGGAAGACGUCGCUUUCAGGCUCGCGGGCCGUAGAGGAAGCGGUACCGCUCCACUUCUGCCGAAACCGGACAUGACCGAUUCGGGCGAGGCACUGCUGCAGAAUAUCAUCGACAUCAUCCUGAAACAUGGUGCCCACUAGGAACACACUUAAGAUGAAAAUAAACUUACUUCAGAGUCAUUCUGGAGCUGCCGUUA